CAGGAUCCAACAGAACCUUAAAGCAGAACCAGAACCGAGCUGUGUUUCCUUAAAGAGCGACUGGUCAAAGGAUCUUGGUAUUCAUUUUAAAUCAGACCAACCUUCAGCUGCAAAGAGGGAGGGUGGUGCCCCAGCGCCCCCUAUGGGCCGGCCGCCACUGGGUCAGGCUGAUUUCUGCUGAAGCCAGAAUUCAGAGUGAACGAGCAGAACUCAGAGGUUCCCAUUGGUCCAUCUGCCCAGCAGCAUCAAACCCAGCUGGAUUCCAUAUUUAUGCUGCUGGAGGAAAACAUUGUUAGUUUUGUGAAGAAGGAGCUGAAAAAGAUCCAAAAAGUUCUGAGUCCAGAUGAUCCAGAAGGCUUGGAGAGUCAGUGGGAGGAUGAGAAGGAUGAAGAGCAGAGGAGAAGUAGAGAGGCUUUGGUGAAGAUCACCUUGAACUUCCUGAGGAGGAUGAAGCAGGAGGAGCUGGCUGAUCGUCUGCAGAGCAAGGUUGUUGGUCGAUGUCAACGUGACCUUAAAGCUUCUCUGAAGAAGGAGUUUGAACGUGUCUCUGAAGGCGUUGCUAAAGCUGGAAAGGAAACAUUUCUGGAUGAGAUCUACACAGAGCUCUACAUCACAAAGCGAAAGACUACAGAGGUCAACGAUGAACAUGAGGUCAGAAGGAUUGAAGGAGCAUCCUGGGAACAAAACAGACCAGGAGAAACAAUCAGAUCAGAAGACAUCUUCAAAUCACCAGAAGGAAGGAAUCAAAUCAGAACCGUGAUGACGAUGGGCGUGGCUGGCAUCGGGAAAACAGUCUUAACACAGAAGUUCACUCUGGACUGGGCUGAAGGCAGAACCAACCAGAACAUCCAGUUCAUAUUUCCAUUCACCUUCAGACAGCUAAAUGCUCUAAAAGAGGAAAAGUUUAGCUUGGUGGAACUGAUUCAUAAGCACUUUAAGCCAAUCAGAGAUGCAGGGAUCCACAGCUUUGAAAACUUCCAGGUUCUGUUCAUCUUAGAUGGUCUGGAUGAGAGUCGACUUUCUCUCCACCAUGAUGAGAUCCUGACUGAUGUUACAGAGUCCACCUCAGUGGAUGUUCUGCUGACUAACCUCAUCAGGGGGAAACUGCUUCCAAAGGCUCUCCUCUGGAUAACCACAAGACCUGCUGCAGCCAAUCAGAUCCCUCCUGAGUUUGUUGGCAUGGUGACAGAGGUCAGAGGGUUCACCAACCCACAGAAGGAGGAGUACUUCAGGAAGAAGUUUAGAGAUAAAGAGAAGGUCAGCAGGAUCAUCUCCCACAUUAAAAGAUUAAAAAGUCUCUUCAUUAUGUGUCACAUUCCCGUCUUCUGCUGGAUCACUGCUGAUGUUCUAGAGGUUUUAUUGGAGACCAGAGAUAGAGGAGAGCUGCCGAAGACCCUGACUGGGAUGUAUAUCCGCUUCCUGAAGCUUCAGAUCGAACGGAAAAUGAUCAAGUAUGAUGGAGGACAGAACACAGACUCCCCAUGGACUCAAGAUAACAUCAAGAUGGUUCAGUCUCUUGGAAAACUGGCUUUUGAACAGCUGCUGGAAGGAAAUCUGAUCUUCUAUAAACCAGACCUGCAAAAGUGUGACAUCAACAUCAAAGAUGCUUCAAUGCUGUCAGGAUUGUUCACUGAGAUAUUUAAAGAGGAGAGAGGGAUGGACGACACCUCAGUCUACUCCUUCAUUCAUCUGAGCUUCCAGGAGUUUCUGGCUGCAGUCUACAUGCUCCGCUGCUUCACCAGCAGGAACACAGAGGUGGUGGAGAACUUCCUGGGAGAAAAAUACAGAGAAACAUCUCUGGAGGACUUCAUGAAGAAAGUCAUGGAGAAAUCCCUCAAGAGUAAAAAUGGCCACCUGGACCUGUUUGCUCGCUUCCUUCAUGGCCUCUCUGUGGAGUCCAACCACAAACUCUUAGGCUUUCUAUUGGGUAAGAUGAAGAUCAGUCCAGAAACCAUCCAGAGAGUCAUCAAUAACCUGAAGGAGAUGAACACUGAUGAAGAUGUAUCUCCUGAUAGAAGCAUCAACAUCUUCCACUGUCGUCUGGAGAUUCAGGACCUCUCAGUUUAUCAGGAGAUCCAACAGUUCCUGAAAUCAGGAAUGAAGCUCUCAGAGAUCCAGUGCUCAGCUCUGGCCUACAUGCUGCAGAUGUCAGACGAGGUUCUGGACAAAUUCGACCUGGAGAAAUACAACACAUCAGAGGAUGGACGAUGUAGACUGGUUCCAGUUUUGAGGAACUGCAGAACGGCUCGACUUGGUGGCUGUUCUCUCAAUAAGGCUCACUGUGAAAUUGUGGCCUCAGCUCUAAAGUCCAACCUUUACCUGACUGAAGUGAUAAUAAAUCAGAUCUAUGUAUGGGGAACCUUAGGAGACUCUGGAAUGAAGCAUCUGUGUGAGAUACUGGAGAGUUCAAUCUGCAAAGUGAAGAAACUAGGAUUGAUUGGCUGCAGUUUGUCAGAGCUCAGCUGUGCUUCUCUGGUCUCAGCUCUGAAGUCCAACCCCUCCCAUCUGACAGAACUGGACCUGAGCCUCAAUAACCUGAAAGAUGGUGGAGUGAAGCAGCUCUGUGUUUUUCUCCAGUCUCCCCUCUGCAAACUACAGACAUUGAGGUUGAGGAGAUGCGGUUUGUCAAAGAUCAGCUGUGUUUCUCUGGUCUCAGCUCUGAAGUCAAACCCCUCCCAUCUGACUGAGCUGAACCUGGGAUGCAAAAACCUGAAGGAAUCAGAUGUUCAGCAGCUGCAGGAUCUCGUAGAGAGUCCAGACUACAAACUGCAGACUCUGAAGUGGAGAUGGGAGGCAAUAACCUUCAAAUUGAAGAGUUUGCAGAAGAGAUGAACUUCUCAGAGGAGAGAAGCUGAUCUGUGUCCUGAUGAUCCUCAGAGGUUGAAGCUGCAGCAGUUUGAGUUUAAAGAGACUCUGACUGGAUUCUGAUGAUGAACUCUGAGUUUAGAGAUUUGUUUGUUUUCAGUCCUUUUUCCUCUUUGUUUUCAUCGUCUCCAUAAUAUCGUGUUGAUAUUUUUUCCAUCCAAAUUAAAAUUGAGAAUAAAAUAUAUGAUCUAUAACAUGUGAAAAUAUGAAUUUAAAAAAUAAUCCUGAACAACUUUAUCAAACCUUUAAUGAACUUUAAUGUUAAAUUUAGCGGAUGCUGUUGCAAACCACAGAAAGUUCUCUCUCUUUGAUUUAAUAUUCCCACUGAACUUCCUGGAUCAGAUCUGAAAAGCUGCUCUGUCUUUCUGAUUUCUCUUUGUCUCUGAGAGCUGCAGCAGUUUCCAUCCAUCCAUCCAUUAUCUUACACGCUUGUCCCAAUUGGGGUCGCAAGGGGUGCUGGUGCCUAUCUCCAGCAGUCAAUGGGCGAGAGGCGGGGUACACCCUGGACAGGUUCAGCAGUUUCCAAUGCUGAGAUAUUUUUUCUCUCUGUGUUUCCUCUAUUACUCUCCAUUCAUUCUGUCUCCAUGUUCGCCUGCUGAAACCUUUAGAUCCUGCUGAAAAUCUGUGUUGUUCCUGCUGAUGAACCACCGCUGUGGCUCAUUGUUAGCAAGUUAGCUAAAGCAGGUGUGGAGCGAUCCAGGACCUCAGAUGGACUCAGGAAGCCCUUCCAGUCCGGCCCCAGCAGGGUGGAGGAGGGCUGCUGUCAUUAAGGAGGAGCUGCUUGGACUGAAAAUAGAGUCCAAGGCUGAAUCAUCAUUUGGCCUUAACUCUUCCUCACCAACCCUAAGCUAGUGAGUGUUGGGGGUCCUGGUUGUUCUGAGGAGUUGUAGGGGGGGCACCCAUUGGUUCUUGGACAGGGAUUCUGUUUAGGAGACCGUUUGGAAGCAAAGAUGUUAGAGCUGAGCUUGGAAAUGUUGAUUUUCUCACUUCCAAUGUUUUAAUGACUAAAUAACCAUUGUAGUGUCUGAUUCAAAAUGUUCUGACAUUUAAUGUUGUUUUCCACUGUUAAUUAUUCUGAACCAGCUUAAAGACAGCAAAGAUAGAAUAUUUCAUCCAAUAUUUAACUCUACUAGUUACUAUCCGGUUCCUGGAGGGUAGCAGCUGGUCUGGAUCAGUGAUCAUCUGGACAAUUUUCUAGUUUCCAGUCUGGUGUGAAGCUCAUUAAUUGCUCAUUAUUCCAUGUUAAAGUGUUGAAGUUUUAAUGUGCCUGCAUGGUUCUCUCAGGGUACUCCAGCUUCCUCCCACAGUCCAACUAAUGACUGUUAGGCUGUUUGUUGUUUCUAAAUUUCCCUUAGGUGUGAGCGUGUGUGUGCAUGGUUGUGUGUCUCUGUGUUGCCCUGCGAUGGACGACCUCUCCAGGAUGGAUGGAUCCUAUUAAAUGAAUCUAAAAAAAAAUGUAAAUAUGAAAGAAAACCUCAUAAAAAUACUUCUUGAACCAUUUAAGCUCAUUUUAUUGUAACCUGUAACAAUGUUCUGCACUUUGCUACGAAGUGUUUUGUUCCUCAACAGCCUGAAAAAUGCAUGUCUAAUUUAGAAAAAAUAUUGAUUAAAAAGCUGAAUGGA